AUGUGGCCACACCGGGAUUUCAUUGCCCUGAGAGAGGAGUUGGGGUGCAUCAGUGACUUCCACGAAGCCUAUACUUUCAAACAGGCUCCGGGCCAGCCAGUCUCCGGCUUAAGCAAGGAGAAUGUUCCAGCGGUAACCAACAAGGAGAACCUGGCGACGCCGGUCUCGACUCCAUUCCUGGAGCCGACCCUGGGGAGCGACAGCUCUGCGGUCACUUUCGGGAAAACCCAAGAGGAUCCCAAAUCAUUUUGCGUGGGCAGUGCCCCACCGAGUGUGGACGUCACCCCCACCUACACCAAAGACGGAGCUGACGAGGCAGGAUCAACCGAUGGCAAAGUUCUGAAACCGAAGCCAUCUAAGCUGGCAAAGAGAAUCGCAAACUCCGCUGGUUAUGUGGGCGACCGGUUCAAGUGUGUCGCUACUGGACUGUACGCAGACUCCAGGCAGCUCAGCCGGGAGCAGCGGGCAUUGCAGAUGGAAGGAUUACAAGAGGACAGUAUUUUAUGUCUACCUGCUGCUUACUAUGAGCGUGCAGUGAUUCGCUUCUCAGAGUUGGAGAUGAAAGAGCGAGAAGGUGGCCACCCCAUGACCAAAGACUCCGAGGUGCGCAAAUUCAGCCCCGCUGACUGGGAAAGGCUGAAAGGAAGUCAGGACAAAAAGCCAAAGUCGGUCGCCCUGGAGGAGGCCAUUGCCGACCAGAACGACAGUGAGAGAUGGGAGUGUUAUGAUGGAAGCAAACCUGACCCCUUCAAAGCCCCAGAAGACAGUGAUCUUCCUGAGGACAUGGACACGGAGCCCCCCAGAGAGUCCCCCGCCAACCAGGUGGCCCCGGACACGUCACGCAGCCCCACCCUCCGGCUGAACAGAAAGCGCAAGGUCUCUGGCGUUAGGAACCACACUGAGACCACUGUGCUCCCGGAGGACUCUCUGCUGAAAGCCAAGCGGAGACGGGUCUCCAAAGGGCUCCAUCCCAGAAAGCAGCGCCGCUCGCUGCACCUUAGAGAACGGCGGGAGCAGAGCAAACCUGGCCGGCAGGGCAGGAAGGAAGUGGCCCAGGCGGUUCAGCCUGCGGUCACCCCCCAGGGCAAUAGCAUCUCCGAAGAGAAACCUGGCAGGAAAAGGGCAGAGGCCAAAAGCAACAGAAGCUGGUUGGAGGAGUCCCUUAAAUGCAGUGACAAUGAACAGGAUGUGCUGUGCGUGGACGAAGAAAUGGAUUGGCAGCCUUCGCUCCUGCCGCAGAAAUACACCGACAACAGCGAGAAACCAUCCGGGAAGCGACCGUGCAAAACCAAGCAUUUGAUCCCUCAGGAGCCCAGGCGGGGCUUGCCGCUGCCAGGGGACUCCUACGUGGACAAUGCAGAUGGCAAGGUGACCGUCCGGAGAUUUUGAAAGCAGCCUGAGCCCAGUUCCGACUAUGAUCUUUCGCCGGCCAAGCAGGACCAGAAGCCCUUGGACCAUUUGCAGCAAUUGUUAGCAGCUUCCCAGGCCUCGCAGCUGACGUGCUCAAGCUCCCCUCCAGAGACCACCCAGUCCCGCCUGAUGCCACCGGAAGCGCAGAGACUUAUUGUCAAUAAGAACGCGGGUGAAACCCUCCUACAGCAGGCCUCCCGGCUUGGCUACGAGGAAGUGGUCUUGUACUGCCUGGAGAACAAGAUUUGUGAUGUGAACCACUGCGACAAUGCGGGUUACUGUGCUCUGCACGAGGCUUGUGCAAGAGGUUGGCUCAACAUCGUACGACACCUCCUUGAAUAUGGCGCCAAUGUCAACUGCAGUGCCCAGGAUGGAACCGGGCCUCUCCACGAUGCUGUCAAGAAUGAUCAUCUCGAAAUUGUCCGCUUGCUCCUCUCCUACGGUGCUGAUCCUACCCUGGCUACGUACUCAGGUAGAACCAUCAAGAAAGUGAACCACAGCGAACUUCUGGAGAAGUUCUUAACAGAACCAGAUGAUGAAAGUGGUUACGAUGUUUUAGCAAAUCCCCCAGGACCGGAGGACCAGGAGGACAGCAACGAGGCCUAUGGUGACCUAUUGGAAUUUGAAUUUUCCGAAGACCCCCUUUUGCCGUGUUACAACGUCCAGGUGUCCGUCGCUCAGGAAAGAAAAAGAAGAAGGAGAUCUUCUAAGGACAGUGAGAAGUGGGGUGGCGGUGGGGUAAUCAAAGCGGAAGGAGCAGGCCCUCUCACCGCCAGGAGACAGGUAGUUCAUAGUUGGGAGCGCCUCUCAUUUUGCCGGAAGCUCAAACCACUGUCCUUUCUCUGGUGUAGGCCUCGUAACUGGCUGUUGCUCUCAGACCUGCUCAAGAAACUGCAAAUGUCCUCCUGCAUAUUCCGCUGCAAUCUCCCAAAUGUGGAAAUUGUCACCAUCGCGGAGGCCGAGUUCUACCGGCAAGUAUCAGCAAGUCUCUUAUUCUCUUGCCCCAAAGACCUGGAGUCCUUUAAUGCGGAAAGUAAGGAGCUCUUAGAUCUGGUGGACUUCACGAACGAGCUUCAGACUCUGCUGGGCUCAUCCGUGGAGUGGAUCCUCCCCAGGGACCUGGACUCAGACGACGACUGGUGAGCUCGCCGGGGCCCGCCGUGUACAGUGUGUCAUGGUGUUAAUCCUCGUGCAUAUGUGUCGUAAUACGACUAUUUCUGUAAAGAAAGGACACUAUGAGACACGACUCCAGUCGGAAGGACUCUGAAACAUGUUUUUUUCUUUUUAAAAUUUUAAGUCAGUUUUUAUGAAGUUGUUAAUAAAGUUUCUU